CACCGCUUCCGCUGCAGGCUUUGCGGCGCGGCGCGUGCGCGGCGGAGCGGAGCGGAGACGCCGGCCGUGGGCGCCAUGGUCUUCCUCACCGCGCAGCUCUGGCUGCGGAGCCGCCUUACUGACCGCUACUGGCGGGUCCAGGAGGUGCUGCAGCAUGCGCGGCACUUCCGCGGAAGGAAGAAUCGGUGCUACCGGCUGGCGGUGAGAGCUGUGACCCGAGCGUUUGUGAAAUGCACGAAAGCGCGAAGACUGAAGAAGAGGAACAUGAGGACACUCUGGAUUAAUCGAAUUACAGCUGCCUCCCAGGAACAUGGCCUGAAGUACCCAGCAUUCAUCGUCAAUUUAAUUAAGUGCCAGGUGGAGCUCAACAGGAAAGUACUUGCGGAUCUAGCCAUCUAUGAACCAAAGACUUUUAAAUCUUUGGCUGCUUUGGCCAAAAGGAGGCGACAGGAAGGAUUCGCUGCUGCCCUGGGGGAUGGGAAAGAACCCGAAGGCAUAUUUUCCAGAGUGGUGCAGCAUCACUGAGGUAGAUUCCAACACUGCCUGCCCUUUCCAGUUGGGUGUCUUAGGAAAAGGUUCCCCCCCGCCCGAUGGUCACAGUAGUUAAAAUAGGGGCUAAGAAUUAUUUAUCAACACUGUGUGUUUGAUCAACAAUUAUUAAUUUGUAUUUUAGUAACCGGUGUAAGAGAAAGGCCCCUUUUCCCCUCACUGGGACAGAUCUAGAAAUCUUAUAGAUUGUAUGAAUAAAGCUCUUGUGGUGUUCAGUGUUCUAA